CCCACUGAGCCAAAAAAGACUACAGUAUUCCGGCUCGCCCGGAAUACGCGUAACGCGCUUUAUAUACCACAUGUACUGUAACGGCGGCACCCGUUACACAAGGCACCAGAUCCAGUGGCGCUCAACGCCUCUUUGCUGUAUAUCUAUCGCCCAUUUGCCAUCUCCAUCAUUCAUUCAAACUAUCCUUACAUCACAAUUCAACAGCUGUUGCCACCACACGCAACAAUGAAACCCUCACUCCAUAUCCCUCUCCUCCUCCUCCCCAUCCUCCCCGCCGUCUCCGCCUGGGGGUCUCUAGGUCACAUGACAGUAGCAUAUCUCGCCGAGCACCUCGUCGCUCCCCGAACAGCGGUAUACAUGCAGGGGGUCCUGUCCAACCCUUCAUCACCAGGCUAUCUCGGUUCUAUCGCCACAUGGGCGGACUCAUAUCGGUACACCAAGGAUGGACGAUACUCGGCGCAUCUGCAUUAUAUCGAUGCGGAUGAUAGUCCGCCGUGGAGCUGUGGGUUGGAUAUAGAGAGGGAUUGUGCGGAUGAGUUUUGUAUCGUUUCGGCGAUUGGGAAUUAUACAUCACGCCUCAUGGACGCGGACCUCGAUGCCUACCAGCGCGCUAUAGCCGCAAAGUUCGUCGUCCACUUCAUAGGCGACAUCCACCAACCCCUCCACACCGAAGGCCUCCUCCGCGGCGGCAACGGCAUAAAAGUCCGUUUCGGCAACCGCAACUCCAACCUCCAUUCCGUCUGGGACUCCGCCAUCGCCGAGCACCUAAUCGGCGGCUACACGCCCACCCACGCGCGCGAAUGGGCUGGCACCCUCCUCGCCGAUAUCGAGGGGGGGCUGUACUCCCCCCUGGUGGAUGAGUGGAGGGAGGACAUCAGUUUGGGGGAUGUGGGGGGGUCGGUGAUGAGGUGGGCGCGGGAGAGUAAUAGAUUGGUUUGUGAGGUUGUGGUGCCGGAGGGGGGGUGGGAGACGUUGCAGGGGAAGGAUUUGAGUGGCGAGUAUUAUGAGAGGGCGAUUGGGAAGGUGGAGAUGCAGGUUGCGAGGGCGGGGGUGAGGUUGGCGGAGUGGUUGGAUUUGAUUGCUGGGGGGGAGGGAAGGGGGGAGUUGUAAGGGGGGGAGGUAUGAUUGUGUAAUGAAGUUAUUUUGUUGGAUAUUUUGAAGUCUAUGAAGUAUGGGGGCGUUGGUGUUUAGGAAGGAGCGACUCGCCACUAGCAAGAACGCGCUUUCCAUUCUCACAAAGAAUGGAAUCUGGGAAGGAGCGACCUACGUAUUGUCGCUCCUGCAUAUAUUAAUUGUUCCAAGUCGCUCCUGCCAAAAUUGAUAGUUGUGCUGUCGGAUGACUUUUAGAGUCAUUGGAGUCGUUAAGGUACAUCAUAUUAGAUAAGUAGCCGAUUACUAACAAAUUCCCCUUUGUAGCUCAGUUGGAUUAGAGCAUCGGACUGUAACUGUAACAACAAUCAUCCGGGGGCCCCCGGUUCGAUUCCGGGCGAAGGGACUAUAACUCUUCAGACGAGCACACUCGUCCACGGUUCUUCUUUUUUUGCUAUUUAUUUUUUUUUAUUCUUUUUAUUUUGCUUGUAGAGAAGGUGAAGAGGUGUGGUGGUCGAGAGAGAGAGAGGUGGUAUUAAUUCAAAUAAGCGAAAAUAUUCAAAUAUGGAGGCAUUUCACGAUCGUACCUUACGGUAACAGAAAUUGUUUAUUAGUUUAUCAGGUUAAUACUCACCCUUUCCCUAAACUUGAUCACUACACACCUAUUUGUGCCUUACAUCUUACAUUCAAACACAGACCGCUCACCUUAGUAAGGGAACGAAAUCCUGUCGCAUCCAUCCUGCUAGAACCUUGUCGCUGCUGCGCCUUGCCCUGAAAAUAUUACAAAUGAGCCGCCAGCCUUGCUAAUCCUAUUUUUUCUCUCUCGCUCUUUCGCUCUUUCGUCCUUCUCUCUAUUACCUUGGGGCGCUCUUCAGACGGUGCCCAUUAGUCUCCGACGCCUACUCCCUGCUAUCUAGCCUAGGGAGGAAGUUUCCCUACGCCUGCUUCGUGCCUGCUCCGUUCGCAGUAGACGCCGUUAGUUCUCUUGUGUGCAUCACGGCUCUCCCCGUCACCUAACUUAUGUCUCCGCCCGCGCGCCUUCUGAAGACACACCCAUUGACCCAGAUUGUCUCUUGCAUAUACCCUAUGAGUGGACAGCACGCGCUCUUACCUGGAUCCUUUUUUACGCCUCUCUCAUCUUUGCUUCUACAAUGAGACGCUCUAGGUGGUUUACCAACAUCGUCUUUGGGUUAGCUAUGCCAUGUAGCACUACUGCGUUUGUCCACAUCAUUGUCAUAUGCGCGACACACGGGUGGAAUCCGCCUAUCCUCGACCUUGACGUGUGUGGCAUCUUCUUGCUUGGUACGGCAGGCGUGAGCAUGUACCCAGCUCUAGUUGUCUUACGGCAGCGUUAUAAGGAUCUAGCAGUGCAACAUAGCUGCGUUCUUCCUCGCCAAAUUUGACAAUCCUAGACAUAAUAGCAACUCGGAAGUGGCAUGCUACUUGCCGGAUGGCACCCUUCUUACUAGCCUCGCACAGCUAAAUGGUAGCCGGGACCUUGAAUGCAUAUACGACUGUUUCCUUACACGCAAGUCUGUCCUAAAGACUCAAGAUGCGGUGACGGUUAUGUGUGUACUCCUGCGAAUGAAAGGCUAGAUGGAUGGGACUACUUGUUGGAUAUGCCUUCUCGAGCAUUAUGUUCGGUCUCGGGUCUGAUAUGCAUCAAUAUCAUUGGAUAUUAAAACAGCUAGAUGCCUUGCUCAGUGUACAAUCAGGACGGACGUGCGGUUAUGACGCCAGUAGCUUGCAUUUGUUUAAUCUUCAUGGCGCCGUGGGUAAUUAUCAACGAGUACUGACUCCGGAGUACCCCCGUCGAAGAGAGGGCAGUGGGCACCUUGAGUGGCUGCGUUGCUUGCUAUUAUAGGGGGGGGUCUACCGUGCCGUCAAGGCCCUUAAGAAUGGUGAAGGAGCCCUAGAGCUACGAGUUAAUUCCCCUGCUGAUUAUGUUAUGUCCGGCGCAUUAAUUGAGCCUGGUGGCGAUAUUCCAAUCGACGAUUUGCUUGCGCCAGGCAGGAGAGAUGAUACAGUUUCGUCGAAUGGAUUCACUCACUUACUCGACGAGAUAGAUCUCGGUGCCUAUAGAAUCACACCAGAGGGCAAGCGCGCCCUGCUUGCCGUCUCAUAGUAUACUGUUAUAUAUAUGCC